CCCAAAUUCAACUGUAAAGUUGUUGUAAUCUUGCUUGUGGCCCUGGUUCUUUAGCACAUGCCACAUCGUCAAGGUUAACCAGGGUGUUUAUGUCUGGUUCGCCUCGUGUUGCCAAGAGGGGAGUUCAUAGUUAAUUACAUUUAGGUUAAGCAGAAAGGUUCCUUUAUAUAUCAUCACUGCUCGCCGUUUCUCUCGCGUGUAGUUGGAAUUUCGUCUCCAGCCAGCGCCGCUUUGUCCUCUCGCUCGCCCGUCGAUCUUUCUUCUCUCCCUCCGUCCGAUCAAACUUCUCGCGUUGCGCAAAGAGCAGAAGAUCCGGUCGCUACCAUGAAGCCCACCAGCCUCAAGAUGCUCCUUGCCGGAGGCGCCCUCUCCUCCGGCACUCUGGCCCAGACGAGCGGCGAUCUCACCAUCCUCGCCAUGAACGUCGCUGGCCUGCCCGAAAUCCUCCAGAACAACGAGGUGCCCGGCGACAAGACGACCAACUCGCGAACCAUCGGGUCGUACUUUGCCAAGUACAACUACGACAUCAUCAACGUUCAAGAGGUGACUGAAAAGCUAUUUCCCAUCAUUGAUCGCGACUUCAACUACCACGCCUACAUCUACGAGACGGACACGCACCCCUACCGCACGGCAACCUCGGGCGGCGUGCCUCUCGGCUCCGGCCUCAACACCCUCGCCAACUAUGACUGGAUCGAAUUCGAGCGCGUAAAGUGGUCAACCUGCUCCAAUGCCUCCGGGUCCGACUGCCUGACCCCCAAGGGUUUCACCUUCAUGCGCCUCCGGGUCGCAGAGGGUGUCUACGUGGACGUCUACAACCUCCACACCGACGCCGGCACCGAGGCCGACGACCUCACGGCCCGCAACAGCAACCUCAACCAGGUGGCCACCUACAUCGACACCUGGUCCGUCGGCAACGCCGUCCUCGUCUUUGGCGACACCAACUCCCGCUACACCCGCACGUCGGACCAGAUCGGCGUCUUCGCCUCGCAGAACGGCAUGCGCGACGUCUGGCUCCAGCUCGAGCGCGCCGGCGUCGUGCCCACCGCCGAGACCCUCUGCGCCAACCCCAGCACCACAAACUACUGCGAGACGGUCGACAAGGCCUUUUACCGCGGCAACGCGGUGGUCAACCUCGAGGCCACCUACUUCAACUACGAGAGCAGCAAGUUCCUCCAGGCCAACGGCAGCAUCCUCACCGACCACAACCCCAUCACCGCAAACUUCACCUGGUCCCUCUCCUCCACCCUGCGCCAGUCCGACUUCUCCGGCGGGCCCCACGGCGAUUGGUUCUCCGACCUGCCCGCCCUGGCCAGCAAGUCCAAGCCCAAGGCCUCGGCGUUGACGUUCCAUGGCGCGAGCCGCCUCGACUCCGUCGCCGUCACGCUCGCCGACGGCACCGUCUUCACGCACGGCGGUACCGGUGGCACGGCCGCGACGCUGACGCUUGCUGCGACUGAGUACUGGACUGCGGCCAAGCUCUGCUGGGGCAAGAAGAGCGACGAGACGCGCAACUUUUACAUCCAGGCGACGACCAGCACGGGCCGAACGGUCUCGGCCGGUACAACGACGUCGGAUUGCGCGACGCACACGGCGCCUUCGGGAUGGCAGAUUGUCGGAUACUUGGGACGGGACGGGGAUGAGAUUGACAGGUUGGCAUUUGUCUAUGCGCCGCAGUGAACUGAUGGACCUUUUGCAUUCUUUAAUUUUUUUUAAUGCGGAGCUCGGCAAUCAGAUACCGAUGAUAAUUAACUUUAAAUCCCACCGGAUUGUCUCUG